AUGUCGGUCACGUUUCCUUCGUUUGACGAUAAAGAGGCCCUACGGUUCGCCAGAUACAUCAAAGUUAUGAGAAUACUUGUUGAUAACCUCUGUUCAAAAACAAGUAUUACUACAAAAAGGCAAAUAUACUAUUCAGAUGUAGCUCUAUUUCAGAACCAGAGAAUUGUUGACGAAUAUGUUGGCAAUAUUGUCGGUUGUUUGGGUGUUAAUAUUGAAUCUUUGGGAAUAAUGGCUUCACAGAAAGGAUUGGUUUUCGGCAAUCUACAAUUCCAAUACCAAGGCCACAAGAAUAUCAACAUCAGCGAAAUCGAUGGAGCGACACUUAUUCCAUUGAUCUCGUUAAACUCGAAAAGUCAAGAUUUUAAGUUUUCCCAAGAAGCUCUCUUUGAUGAGAUCAUCGUGGUGGAAAAGGAUUCCAUUUUCAGAAGUCUAUGUCAGGCUUUACGAGGCCAAAGGAAGUUGAUCGUCACUGCCAAGGGUUUCCCUGACAGACUAACGAAAGUGUUUGUAUAUUUUGUAUGCAGUCAUUUUAGCAAAGUACCGGUCUCAUGCCUUGUUGAUAGCGAUGUCUACGGACUUCUGAUUUACUACGAGUACAAAUAUUCACCUGCAGUGCAGUUAUCAAUAGGAACAGGCAAACGGCUCAAAAGGGAAACAAUAGCAAUAAGAAUUGGCGAGCACGGGGAAACGGAGACUAUCAGAUAUCAAUCAUCAUGUGGUCGAUUAAAAUAUGAAGGGGUUCGGUUAUUUGAUCGCCAGAUUGCAAAUUUGACAGUGAACAAGGUGUCCGUGUUGUUCCUUCCCAUUAAGUUAAGAGAUUUUAAGUGUAUGAUCAAGUUUCUAGGCCGGAUCCAGGCCCGUUCGUAUUCAAUACCAGGCACCGAUAAGGAAUCAGCAAAACUAGUUAGAGAAUUACAAUUGGGGAUGUUCUUUAUGGUUAAGAAGGAAAUGCAAGAACCAGAAUAA